GUGCAUUGUGGUGCCUGAAGCAAACUUCGAACAUGACCUAAGGACCUUUAAGAACCGCUUAUCAAGACAACCCAAAUCUGUUUAUAACAUGUACUUUUUAGCUUCUCGAUUAAAAAGCUUAGGCAUGAAGCAUGUAGAGGCGAUUGGUCAUGCAUCAGUGCCUAUCUGUAAAUUCGUAGACCCUCAAACAGGAUUCAGUUGUGAUAUUAAUACGAACAAUAUCUUGGGUAUUGAAAAUACGCGUAUGAUUGGUACCUAUGCCAAUUUGGAUGUACGUAUUCGACCCUUUUUAGCUGCCAUUAAACAGUUUGUCAAGCAAAAAGAAAUCAACAAUCCCCGAGGAGGUACACUCAGUAGUUAUGCCUAUGUGAUUAUGGCCCUUCAUUUCUUAAUGAUCGGUCUUGAACAACCUUUGAUUCCUAGUCUUCAGAAAUCGAAUUUGCGCUGUCAAUCCAAACACUGUAAUGCAAAGAGGGGCAAGUUUGUACACCUUUACCAUGACCAUCAAAUCAUACGAUGCGAUGCUAGAUACCAUGAUUGCGUCCAUAUCCGCAACACAGCGACCAGCACAUAUAAAAUGAGUCCUCCUGUUGGCAAAAAUGAUACAAUUACCUAUUGGGAAGGAGCAAACAAAGACACUGUAUCCUCUAUCUUGACUCAAUUCUUUGCGUAUUAUGCAAAUCCUAGUAAUCAUAUUGUGUCGAUUGUCACCGAGGAUGGAGCACUCUAUGGUAACUAUGAGCCAAGUUAUUGGCAUGGAAACCCUAUUAUAGUUCAAGAUCCAUUUAUACUUGGCAAAAAUGUUGCACGUUCUUGUACAACUCAAGGAGCGUAUGCCAUUUUCGCUGAAUUCAAAAGGGCAGCACAACUCUUACAAGAAAACACACCUUUUUCUACUGUAUGUGAUAAACGAUAUAACAUUGAAAGAUCCAUUGAUACAGAAUGCAUGGAGUACCGAUUCCAAGUGCAGAAACAUCACCAUACAAAGCAAUACCAGACAAAAGAUAACUACAUUGGUGUGUUGGAAGAAAAAGAGCUGGAUGAAGUCAUUGAGAUAUUAAAUCCACCACUCAAAGAUGUGUCCGUGGUAGAAGAAGGAAAAGAUCAGGCUAUGCUCGCAUUGGUCAAGAAAAUUAUGUCCUAUCAAACAGUAGACAGCUCAAUAGACCAUUUGACAGCAAGUCCUUGCACAGACAUGAAAGCAUUAUUGCAUGAUCCUUGCAUGUCCAAGGUCGAACUCAAGGACCUUUAUUAUCUUAUUGCUCAAAUGAAUUUCUUGGGUGAUGCACUUGAUGACAUGUUUACAGAAGAUAAGCAAGAGCCAGACACAAAACUAAAUGGUUUUGUGGAAGAAGAGAGUGAUGAAUUGGUUGAUGUUUUUGAGCAUGCCCAUGAUGAAGUGACAGAUGUUUAUUUCUAUAUUCUCAAUGUACCUAUCACAGUGGAUUUCUAUGAAAUCUUUUUGAAUUUGGCUUGGUAUGGACAAUUGCUUUCGGCUACACCAUCAAGAGAUCCUAAUGGAGACGACAAUGAAUGGCUCAUACAUAUGAAGACACCCUAUAUCAACUACAAAGAAAACCGACUUCCUUGUUUUAUUGAAUUAGGAAAGGAUCAAAAGCAAUGCACAUUGUCCGUACCUCAGUUACAACCACAUGAAUUAAAAAGAAAUUGAUCUUGUGUGUAGCCAUCCUAAGCAUUUCUUGGCCCAUGUAUCAUUGGCUUUUAUUAGCGCCGAUAAGCUCGGCAACGAUGAAUGAAUUAGUUAUGUUAUUAAGUGUACAAAAAUAGUAAUGAUAAAAUAUAAUGGUGGAGGGGGGAUAACUUGUCUAAAAUACAAUACAAUAAAAUGAGAUCUAUGAGAUGCGUUCUUUUCCGUUGG